UGCUUGAAGUAAGUAUUUAAUUUAAUUUAAUAAUUAAUUUAUUCAAACUAUUAAGUACAACUGACUGAAAUAUUAAUUUUUGCAGAUACAGCUGAUUUCAAGUGAUUGACGAUCCUAUAAAUGCCAAAAGCAAAAUCGUGAAUUAACCAAUUAACUGUCCAAGUUAUGGCCGAAAUAAUCAGCGCAUGGAUACGAUCGAGACUGGGUGUAAUAAUUGAUUUAACAGGACCAUCAAUAGAAAACUGCUGUCAGGACGGGACAUUUUACGCGAAACUGUUACACAGUUAUGCGGUAAUAAACGAGAGCCAAUUAAAUACAAUAAUCCAUACGUCAGACCCAGCGUUGGCAAGAGUUAAUUUACGGCAUCUUCAAGUCUGGCUGCGAUUUAUCGGGGUCGAAUGCGAUCGGGAAGCUAUAGAGGACAUUUCAAAUGGCAAAGGUACAGCGGCUUUCCAAUUGCUCUACAAAAUGUAUUUGUGCCUAGAAAAUAAAGAUCGUUUGCAUUUCAUAACUCUCGAGAAGGAGCGAGAAAAAUAUGUACCUGCUUCGACUAAAUUUGACGUAAAGGUUGUUCCGGAGGAGCCCGAGUUUGAGAAAACUUUGCCGGAACACCCGUUGCUUAAGUUGUUGGAGAUCAAUACGCAAUUAUCGGGUUCGCAUAAGGAAGAUGUCAAGAAAAUGAUUACUAAUUACUUACGCGAACGGCACAGUAAAGUUAGUUCAUCACAAGCUUCAAGAAUACUCACAGAUAAUGAAGACUCUGAUGAUGGGUCGUUAAAAAGUAAAACUGUUGCUCGUAAAAUUGAUAAGAAGGAGGUAAGAAGAAAUGCUAAGAAGAAAAUGAUGAAAGAGCUUGAUGAUUUUGCUGAAAAACAUGCUGAUAUUUCGCGUUCAAAGACUGAAGAGCCUUAUGAUGUUCAUGGACGUCCAGAAGCCGCAAAACAAUACAUCGAAGAAUUGAAAGCCCGCAGAAAGCGAGAUUCUGAAAUAGAUCAGCGUAACAAAGAAAUCCAGAAUCGCGUAUUGACAUAUUUUUGGGACAAGUUUGAAGAGGAUCAACAAAAUCACUUUGACAAAAUAAUUGCAGGAGCUGUGUUGCGUCAGUCGGAUUACGAGAAGAAAAUGACCACGAAAUUGUGUGAAAUACGUCGGCAGAAGGAUAGAAUAGCUGCUAACAGACAGAUGGUUAAUGAAAUGAUGUUCAAAGCCAAAGAAGACCACAUGCGUUUGGUUGAAGAAAGCAAGCGCGAAAUGAAAGCUUGGGAUGAUGAAGAGUUGGAGGAUGAAGUUAGAAGGUUCAAUGAACUCCAGCGACGUUUACAGGAAGAACAAGAAGAAAAAACUAGGCGUGAAGUUUGUAAAAUAGCGCAGGAUGUUGUUGAUGAUGUGGUUGACCUCGCAGUUUAUUCUCUGGACACUGAAAUUCCUCGUGGGUUGUGGAAUGAAUGGAAGAGCUUAUUUGUUAGAGGUUUACAGAUUUUUUCAUGCAAAGUAGAUAGCCAAGAUAAAUUAGGGAGUCAACCAGAAGUUAUUUCUGAUUAUCUUCAGGACAAAGAUUUGAGGGAUUAUAUUGACAUUAAUGCUCCUUGGAAUGAAUUUAUACCGGAGAUUGACCAGGAAAGUAAAGAAUUCAUCGAAUUGGGGAGUAUUGCUUUAAGUUAUAUUGUUCAUAAGUUACUUCUAAAAUUUCCUCAAGAAUUUUUAAGACCUAAACUUCCUGAGGUUAGCGUUCGAGCGAUCUUACUUGGAGUUUCUGAUCCAAAGCAUUACUCAACACUGCAAGAUUUACUGAAACACCAGAAAAUAAGCGUGAUUCGGGUGGAAGAUGCUAUUAACUAUUGUCUUCAGUGUUAUAAAGGAGAGAAGAAAGAUGAAGACAGUUCAGAAGAAUUUAAACUUGAAACUCAUUCGGAAUCAUCCAUAAAAAGUCCUGAGGAGUCCACUUUGAAUUUUGAAGAUAAGAGUAAGAAUAUAACAAAAAUUGAAAAAAAAACGCAGACUUCCAGAGUGAUUCCUUUUGAUGACAUGCACCCAAAAUUGAGCGAUAGCGCAUAUAUCGGAGAAUGGACCUACAGAUUUAUCAUCCAAGGUCAACCCGUUUCUGAUGAAUUAUUAGCCAAGGUUAUUUUCGAGUACCUGAAGAGUUUUGACGACAUCAAAGGCUGGGUUUUGAUGAAUUAUCCAGUUACUUAUCGACAAUUAGCGUUUCUUGAGCUGUCAUUGAGCGGCAGACCACUGUCUGAUGUCAAUAAAGUCUUCAGUUUCAAUGAAGAUGAUAUUGAAGACUAUGAAUUUGAACCUCAGAUAAAGUUUAUCGAUUCAGGCGAAUCUUUUUGCAGAGAAUCAAAACUGCUGCCGCAUUUGGUAAAAUCUGAUGUAAAAUAUAAUUCUUGUUUGACCGCAUAUGUAAGAAUGAUUGAAAAACCUGCAGAAGUUGAGGUAAAUGCUGAAGAAUUACUUGAAAUAAGAGCUGAAGAUUUAACGCGUGUGGAUGAAUUCUACAUAAACCAAGGAAUAGCUCGGGUGGUUUAUUACAAUGAGUGUGAUAGCAAAACACUGAAAAGAGUCGCGAGACUGGUUAUUGGGGAUGAUAGAGCUCCGAGGAAGUUUUCUGAAGAAAUUUUUGAGAGUGAAGAGUUCAGAAACAACUCUGUUAAAUCAUUGAGUGUUAAAAGUUCGCAGUCUCAAGAAUGUAAAGUCAAGCCUGGCGAAUUAAAUUGGACUUGGGUGGAUCUGCCACUUAAUUUUGAGGUCUCCAAGGAGCUGGUUUCGCUGUGGAGGAACUGCGAAAGUACUUAUGUUAAUGAACUGAAAGAUAUCUUGUCUCUGAAGAGGCUAAACUUGACUGCAAUCAUUCCUUACAAGGAUUUUGUUUACAAUCGAGUGGCCCAAAGCGGUAAAAUUGGCUCGGAUAAGCAAGAGCUCGUGAAGAAGUUCAAGGAGGCUUUUAAUAGCGUAAUUGAAAGUGGCUUUGAUGAAGUUAAGAAGAGUGAAUUGCGCGGUGACGUAGAAGAGUUUCAGAUGGAAUUAUGGGAGAUUUGUGAUGCAAAAAGGCUAAAAGCUGAUGAAAAGAGGAAGAAGAUUAUUUUGGAUGACUGGACUUCCAAGCAAGUUAUUGUGCUGGUUAAUAUUUAUGUCAGGAUUAUACAGAUUGAGAUAAACCGGUUUGUGGAUACUUUGGAAUUUUUAAGGUGUUAUUACUUGACGAUGCUGCAGCGGACGAUUGAAGAUAAUAUUUUUAGGAAAAUUAUUCUGGAUAAAGUUUCAGGAAAUUGUAGAGGUGCAGAAAAAAAAUGUCCAAAGCUACCAGAAAUAAAUGACGCUGCUUUGCAAAAAGAAAUUCAGAGUUUGAUGUUGGGUGUUAGCGAUAAUUUGGAGGAAGUUAUAGAUCAUUGUCUAGAAGCAAUAACGCCGACUAUUGAUUAUGCACAAUCUAUAGUUGAAGAGUUAUCAAACUCAGCGGUUGGUGAUUUAAAGAAAGAACGUGGUUCUAAAUCAAAGAGACGUUGUUCAACGGUAAGAGUUAAAAGAAAGUCUGAGAAGUUAUCUGAUGUUUCUGUAAAACCCAAGAAAGUUAAAUUGGGAUCCAAGAAGAAAAAUUUGUUCUUGGAGUGGAAGUACGCGCUGAUGUACGAGAUAAAUAGAGUAAAAAUGAGGGUACAGAUACUAAAUUCGGCUGUCAAAGCAGACAUUGAGUUUCUUCUUGUGAAUAUUAAGCGAGGAUUUUCUUUGGCUGGUCAGUCGAUAAAUGAAAGAUAUAAAAUUGAGAUUGAUAAUGUCAAUGAUUUGUUUAAAUUAUUUGAAAAAGCGAUUGAAGAUGAACAUCUUAUUGAAGAAGAAAUAAAUUUAGUCAACGAUUGUUUUGUUAUUCCUAAAGACGUUAAAAUUGUUGAGCCUUUGGUUUCAGAGGCAGAAAUUGAUGAUAAAUUUAGAAUAGAACAGUUGUGUUAUUUGAAAGAUGUUUUCCAGAGUGUGGAACCCCGUGGGAUUAUUUCAAAGGUUUCGUUUGUAUAUAUUUUGCAAGACUUGAUCACUUGCGAAGAAUCAGAAGUGGAAGAAGAAGAAGAAGAGUUGAAAGAAGGAGAAUACGUUAUUUCUUCUUUACCUACCGCGUGGUUGAAGUUAACGGCGCAGGAAAUUAAAAAAAUAGUUGAUGAGGUUUUUGAAGACGAUACUGUCGAUUGGAGAGAGUUUAUUGUUUAUGCAUUGGAUGUUAACUUGAGUCAAGAUGCGAUGCUGGAUGCACUGGAUGCUUUCAAGCAGAAAGAUAGUGAUAAAGAUCAAAUUAUUAGUAGGAAAGAAUUUUUUUCUGUGCAUCUCUGGCCGUUUAAUUUGAAGAUUAAGCAUGAAGAAGUUGAAAAGGAAGAAAUUCUUGAUGCAGAGAGGUUAAAUAAUAAGACAGAUGAUUUAGAUAAGUCUCAGGAUGAAAAAAUUGAAGAUAAAGAAGAAAUUAGUUUGGAAGAGAAUGAUGAAGAAGAAAUAGGACGGCUUUAUUUGAUGAAACUGUUUGUCUGCGAUAUGUUUUCAAAUGAUGAUAGCGUUAAUUAUAUGGAAGUUUUACUCGCGUUUUGUAAAGACGAGGAACCGAUUUAUGGAUUUGGAAAAACUUUAAGUAUUUUUCUUGGGCAGAAAAUUUGUAUGGAUUAUGAUGAAGGAGAGAAGUAUGUCGCGAGUAUUGAAAAACAACAUUCGCAGCAAGUUAUAAAGAGAUAUGCCAAAAGAGUGAGCGAAAAAUGUGUGGAUGAACUGAUUGAUUGCGUUGCUGAAAAUUUAGAUAGAGUUGAUGGGUCUUUGAAAAGAAAUAUUGAAAAUGCUAAACUGGUAGUUGAGGAUCAGGAAAAUUUGCAAUUGCUCAGUCCUUCAGAUGAGAAAGAUUUAAAAUUAACUAAGUCGGAUGAAGAAGAUUUGAAAUUAACUAAGUCAGAUGAAGAAGAUUUAAAACUGAGUAAAUUAGAUGAAGAAGAUUUAAAAUUAACUAAGUCAGAUCAAGAAGAUUUAAAUUUUAGUGAGUCAGAUGAAGACUUGCUUCUUUAUUAUAAUGAAAAUUAUUAUGAUGAGCAGUGUCAUGAUAUUGUGUAUUUUAAUGCCGGUGGUCGACAAGCGCGAAGAAAGAAUACGCGAAAAAUGGUUUAUUGGAUAUCAAUAGAUUUUUGUGAGUCAGUUUUAACGUCAUUGUUACCUCAAAUAGCAAUAGAAGAUCUUGAAGCAAGUACGGGAGUUUCAUUAAAAGAAAAUUUGCGAACUGUCAGUAAAGAAUUACGUUGUAAAGACACUAAAAUUAGUUGCAAGCUCGUGUUGGCUCACCGUCUCAUCCGUCAUGACUUGAUCACUCGAAUGCUAGCGUCGACCAAUAGAUUUACCGCCAAAAACCUGAGCAGUAUCCUGAGAAAAAUUAUCAAGGCCAAGUAG